CACUUCUGCCAUACACAGCAAAGGUCACACACACCAAACCAAGAGGUCACAUAUCCAGUCUUGAUGACAUCUACCCUCGUGGAUAAUUUACGCUCAUAUCGUCUAUUUACACCAAGCCAACAUGUUGUUCGAGGUUGCACCGUUUUUAAAGUGUUCGAACUCCAAAUUGUCAACGAUGCCAGCUAGCCUGUACAAUGAGAUGAAUCCAAGUGCGAGCUACGAGGAACAGCGCGCACUGCAGUUAGCCUUCGAACUCUCGAUGAUGGGGUUGAACGGUACCGAAGAGGAGAAUGGUUCUGUCGGGAACAGUUCGUCUUCGUCAUCCGGGAUGGAUUUGGAUGCUGCAAGGAAAAGAGGUAGUGCUAACAUGACGGAGUGUGUACCCGUACCGAGUUCGGAGCACGUGGCCGAAAUCGUCGGACGACAGGGAUGCAAAAUUAAGGCACUGAGAGCCAAAACCAAUACAUACAUCAAAACCCCUGUUCGAGGAGAGGAACCAGUUUUCGUAGUUACCGGUAGAAAAGAGGAUGUGAAUGCCGCUAAGAGAGAAAUCCUGUCCGCAGCCGAACAUUUCAGCCAAAUUCGUGCUUCUAGGCGUAAUAGCAGCGUUUCUUCAGUUUCAUCAACAACCACCCCUACCAAUGGCACAACCCUGACCACAGGCCCCCCAAGUCCCAAUGCUCCUGGACAGGUGACAAUUCAGGUGCGUGUUCCAUACAGAGUUGUGGGUCUUGUUGUUGGUCCUAAGGGAGCCACUAUCAAACGAAUCCAACAGCAAACGCACACAUACAUUGUCACGCCAAGUCGUGACAAGGAACCAGUGUUUGAGGUCACUGGACUUACCGAGAAUGUGGAGAAGGCUAGACAGGAGAUUGAAAGUCACAUUGCUCUCCGAACAGGAGGACUUAUGGAUUCACAGAACGAGGAUGAUUUUCGCAGCAAUGGUGUCGAUUCAGGCUUCCACGAGUUGAAUGGAAGUGGUGGUGAGUUCAAUGGAUAUAACAAAUCGCCGAAUGGAGUGAAUGGGACAUGUGCUUUCAACAAUAUGCACAAUGCCCUGAACGGCAGUUGUCCACCUCAAGACGCCAAUAUUUUUAGUUUCCCGCCGGUGAACACUUCCGCAAAAAUCUCAGAAUUUGCUUCCAAUGGAAAUGGAUUUGGCAAUGGUUUCAAUGGCUUUAACAUGUACGACAACGACGAAGGGAUUGGUGGCUCGCCAUCAUUUGAUCCCAUCCUACCUCCUUCCUACAUGUGGGGGGAGUACAAUGACAAUCGCAACUCAACUCUAGUCUCCCUGUUCAGUACCACUUCCACCUCCACCAACAUGCCGCGGCGCAGCAGCAGUCUCAAUGGUGGUCAUCGACUCUCCCCCACCCUAACUGACUCGCCGUCACCUCCACACAGUGGCAUUGGGUCCGGGUCUGACAGGUCGUCUCCCUCACCUCCAAGUGACCAUGCCCUUGUGCGUAGAAUCAGAAGCGAUCCCCUCGCCAGUGUGACAACGACAAUGUUUGGAGCCACCCCAAGCACAACGUUCACGCCUACCUCGAGUGAGGAUGCACCGGUCAUUUCCUGUACUAGCACUCUGACCGUGCCCCCCAUCGCCUCGGUGGUGGAUGUGUCCCUGGCCAGGAAUGGCGGAAUUACCUGCCCAGUUUCGGUACCCACCUUGAACGGCCGCCCAAGGAGGCAGUGCUUCAUGUGCUCGGAGAGCGAUAUUGUGGCGGCUCUAGUGCCGUGUGGCCAUAACCUGUUCUGCAUGGAGUGUGCAAACCUGAUCGUUGAGAAACCCCAGUUGGAGCGGAGCUGUCCUGUCUGCCAGCAAGCACCGACUCAGGCCAUCCGCAUCUUCUCCUAAACGGCAGGAUGUGUAAUAUAUAUAAAUAGAUAUAUACAUAGGUGAUUAUCAAUUCAAAAUCUUAUCCUACAUUCAGGAAUUGCUCUAUUAUCAUUUCAAGUUGUUCUACUAUAUAUUAUUAUUAUAUAUAUAAAAUAUGGAAUAUAUAAUUAUAGACUUUUCACAGAAUGUUUUAACAGAAAUCUCAUCUUGUAUAUCAAAGACAUCAUUUUCACCAUUAAUAUAUUAUUAAAUAUUGUUUUUAUGAGAUUAUUAUUAUUAUUAUUGUACUUGAAACAGUUUAUGAGUUAUAUGGCCACCAGUAUGUAUACAAAUAUCUUUGUUUUCAUGUUGUGUACAAUGUGUGUCUAUUAUUAUCGAGUAUUCCUUAAUAUAGCUGUGCAACAUUGUUUUUACUUUUUUUUUUUAAAGAUUUUUUUAAUUUGACUAUUAUUAUAACAAAUAUAGAUCUUCAUAAAUGAUAUCCAUGCAAAGAAGUAUUAUUAAUAUUUGUAUCAUAAAUUUAUCAGAGUAUUUUAUUCUUGGAAUUCAAUGUGCAUUUUCCCCAUUAUGUGACUAUACAGUGACUUGAUGACCGUAUCAAGCUUUGUUGUUUAAUGACAUGUAAGGCCAACGCCUAGCUGGUCUGAGCUUUAUUCUAUGUUGUAAUAGGACUCUUGUAUGUUUGUUUAUGUACUAUGUUCAGCCACUGGGGGAUUUUGAUGGCUAAAUUAGUAAUCUGUAGUUGAGCCUAUUAUCUAUAUAAUAUAUACACGUAAAUAUACUACUACAUUGGAAUACAUUUUAUUGAUUCAUUUACAUAGUCUAUUAAAUUGAACUAUUAUGAAAAAAUGCAAGUCAUUCAAUAAAUGCCACUUAAAUCAUUAUAAACGUUUUGAUCAAAUCAUUUGUGCUAAUUAAUUAAUUAAUUGAUUUCCAAUUAAUUAAACUUGAAAACUAAUUAAACAAGAUGAAAGUAAAUAUUGCAGGGAUAUUGCAACCAUGACUUGAUGUAAAUCAUUAUUCUGUAGUGUUCAUUUCUAAGCAAGGGAAGAUGAUAUUUUGGCGAAUGAUAUUAAAGUUUAAUAUUGAUCGAUAGUGAAGGGCAAGAGGGCAGUUUUGGGAUGCAGUUGAUUUUGAGUAAUUAAUAUAAAUGUUUAAGAUCCAGUGGUAUGUAGGGUAGGGGGAGGGGCUGGAUGUUGUAUCUGUAUUAGUACCCUAUAACUAAUGCCAAAGUGACACCUACUGGGACCAUGUUAAUAGUCUUAUGUAAUUUAUGCCCUGUAAUAAAUGUUUGCAUAUAUAUUGCAUGUUGAACAGACUCGUACAAAAUACAGAUAAGCAGGACUUUGUCUGAAUCUUGAUAUAAACUGACCAAGAUUUGAAAGCUUGAAAUAUUUUUUUAAGAGAUCCAUGAAUAUGUUUUAAUUUUCUAAAAUUGCCAGUGACAAACUCCUGCUCAAUGCAUAAAUGUGUAAAUUGGUAAAAUAAAUGUUUUCAGGAAAAACUUUUUUUUAUUAAAUAACUUGCAUAUGAUCUAGUUUGUAGCAAUCCUCCAAUAUUGGUGUGUUGAGAGAACAGUUCAUUGUUAGAAAUGAUUUUUUUUUGUUGCCAUUAUUUUCCCCCCCACACACAACUGUUUGUUGUCAAGGUUGAUAGUCCCGUUUAUUUUGCAUUUAUAUAAACAUGUAUGCAAAUUAUAUGCAUAUAUUUGCAUGCAUUACAUUGUGCUGGUGCACAUCAGAUUAUAUAUAUUAAUAAUAAUUAUAUAUUACUCACAAUAUUAGUGCAGUCGAAUCAAAUACAUUUGCAAGUUAUUUUUGCUACCAGUUUUGUGAAGGGAUUGAGAAAUACAUGUCAACGUCGCGAGGAAAUAUAAACCUAUAUUAUAUAUAUGUAUAUUUGCACUCAAAGAAAAGAUUUUUUUUUUGCAAACCCAAUCAAGGUUUCUUCACCAGAAGUGAAUGUUAAAACAAUGUAACACCGAGAGGAAGUAGAGCUACCAGAUUUAUGUAGAAUGUCUUCCAAAACCGUCACCAGGUCAACUAUUGUAGACCUGUUGGGUUGAAUAUGAUAACCCAUUAGUAACUUAUGUAACUUUCCAGGGGAAUGAAAUGUUCAAGUUUACUCGGUGUAAGUCAUUACAAGUCAGCUGACUUGCGUAAUGUCUAAAUCGGUCUGUAGAAAUCCAUUUGAAAUGAAGUAACCAUCUCUGGAUGUGAAAACCAAGAUUAUAUAUAGAAAAUGAAACUAGGAUACAAAGAUACUUGAAAAUGAAAGUGGACAUGGAAACCCGGGGCACAAUUUUUGACAGAAAUUUGGCACCUAUGCAAUCGUAAAUUCCAACUUAUAUAUUUGUAAAUUGUACUGGGCUCAUACUGUGUUAAUCAUUUAUUCAGUAGUUGGUGAAUUCAUAUAUAUCCUGUUAGGUUUGGACUGUUCAUGUGUUUCUGGUAACCUUGCCAAUAAAUAUAUGAUAAUUUUCCUGGUACCCGCUAUAAUACUCUACCUUUAGUCACCUUUCCUAAAGAAAAUUUGUCAGUUUUUGAUAAGAAAUUUAUAUGUAGGGAUACCUACCAAAUCUUACUUGUGGCGAAAAAAAUUCAAAUGUUUUAAUCAUAAUGAACAAAAAAGAUCAACUAUCAACCAUAAUAAGUACCUAUCCCAAGUCCCUAUUAUGUUACCAGAAACACAGGUAUCUAUGUUCAGCCUUGUGGUAUUUCAUUUUCAAACAAUAUUUCAGAAUUGAGGAUAAAUAGCUAUAGCCAAUAGUUUUCCUGUAUCAUUUUCUUGCUCUUAUCUAGCAACGGCACAAUUUCUAUGCAACUUAAUCUUUUUUUUCAUUCAAAGAGUUCUAGUCGUAUUGAGAAACAAAAUUGUACUGUUAUGAUUUGUUCUGAUUUCUUGUUAUGUACCCGAUCAAACAUGUAUUGAUGCAUCGACUAUUUAAUUAACCUUUUUCCAAAGAUUAUUUUAUUUGCAUAAUGUAUUUUUUGUCUAUACUUUUUGAAAAAAAGAGUGACAAAUUUGUAGAUGUUGCUUCCAAUAUGAUUGUUGGCAUCAAGAAUUGAUGUUAAUUUUUGCAUUUAGUUUUGAUAUUAAAGCUGAGAAGAAAUUUACAACGUAUUGCGUUCGAAAAAUGUAGUGUAUAUGUUGAUGUGUAUCAGGGAAGGUAAUGCCAGACUUGAAAGUAGGUCACUGUGACCUCGAAUGUAAGAGGAAGGAUGCUGUAUAGAGAUCAGGUCACAAUGACAUCAUAUUGUGUUGAAGGUCACCAUGACCUAGAAAGCUAGGAGCCAAAUACAGUGCAAGUUGCUGUUCAACAUUUGGUGGCUAAGGGACAUUUGUUUUGGCCAUGUUAUGAAAAUACAUUCGUUUCCCGAAAGGUUAUUUACAAAGUAAACGAAAAGUCCAGUCAUUUUUACAUUAAAAAUGAUAAAGACAUUGUUUCAAACCAUGGUUGGAUCAAGCAAUAUUUAGAAUCCUACUAUUUUGUGGAAACUUUUUUUUAUUUUAAUAUAUAUGGCCAAGCAAUAGACCAUGUAGUUUGUGUGCAUAUGUUAAGUCGGAUGGUCUAGGAAAAAAGGUACAUUGAGGAGUCAAAAUAGUGGCUAGAGGUUAUUGAACUUCUUUCAUAUAUAUUUUAAAUUAUGACAUUCAAAUUAGUUCAUUUGUACUCUUUCAAGUCAGUAAUAACCAUGUUUUACAUUUAAAAUAACCAAAAAUCCACGUUUGAUUUAGAUUUAAUAGUUUUAAUUCAACUUUUUGAAUCGGUGUAACUGUAUUUAAAAUGAUUGAUGGAAGGGAAGCUAUAGCUCGGCAGUUUUAUAUCCAUAUUGAAAUACUGGUGAGAUCUGUAUUCUAAAUAUGCAAACACUUUUCUUUAAUUUUGUUGGUUAUGUUGAUAUUAAUGAGAUUGUUUUCCUUUUUUUUUUUCAAUUAUAUUUUAUCCCACUGUCAAAAGUAUUUUAUAGUCCACAAUGAAUAACUUUAUUUUACUCUACAGUAUAUUAUGACUUACAAAGAAGUUAAAAUCUUUAUUGCCCAGAAAGGGUUUGUUGUGAUUGGUUAGAUACUGAGUUUAUAAGUUAGAAUGACAUUAUGCCAAUAUUAUGUAUGCAAGUUGAUGAAAAAUUUUCCAAAAUGGAAAAGGUGCAAAUGUUGAUGCUUUCAAGACAAAAGUAUAUAUAUAAUUUGUAUAAAAUUGAAUCUUAUCGAUUUGAAAUAAUUUGUCGUACAUUUCAUAGUUUAGUAUUUUCUAUUUUAAUAUUAUUUACCGACAGUUCAGUGAGUGGCUGAGAGCGAGGGAGAAAGGGGCAUGGUAGGCGGGCUUGUCCAAGCCAACAGGGAGGGAGGAGUGUUCAGGUUAUAAAUACAGAGAUUUUUUAUUUUGAUGGUACUUCGAGAGAAGACCAGUAUACUAUUAUAUUUGGUGAGAAAUCGGAAAAGAAAUUUAUAAAUAUGUAAAAGUUUUAUUUUUCUGCAAUUAAAAUUCUACCUAUAAUA